AGCGAGGAGGAGCGGGCUCGUCGUAUAAAAGCGACGGCGCCGGCAGCAGCGUCACAAUCAACACCUGACCCUCGUCCCGUACGCAUCGCAAGCAACAUGAAGUGCGUCGCCCUCCUCCUCGCCGCCGCCGCGCUGGUCGCCGCAGUCCAGGCCGUCCCCGUUGCCGAUCCUCACCAUCACCACCACCACAAGUACGGCGGUGAGCACGGAGGAUACCAUCACGGCGACUUCGAGUAUGGUGGCCACGGCUCGUACGGCCACGAAGGCGGUCACCACGGUGGCCACCACGACGGCUACCACGGCCACCACGGCCACGAGCACCACGAGGCACCCGUGCACCACCAGGCCCCCGUGCACCACCCUGGACCCGUCCACGGCCACGGCUACCCCGUCGGCGGCGGCGGCGGCGCCAGCUUCAGCCAGGCGUCUUCGCAGGCGUCCUCAUCGGCGCAGUCCUUCGGCCACGGCGGUUCCAACUCCCAGGCCAGCAGUCAGAGCCAGAGCUCCGCCCAGAGCCAGGGUUUUGGUGGCGGAUACCAUGGUCGCCGAUAGGGUUUCCACUUGGCGUACCCGAUGAGAUGACACAGCUACACACGAGUGCCUCAAAAGAAAGAAGACUGAUUUCACCUAAUUUAAUUUAGUUUCUUGCGUGUAAGAACUUGGGUUCACGGGCCGUACCUAUGGAACCACCUUCUGUCUAUCUGUAAUUUUAUUUAAUUAAAUCCAUUUUACACCUCUUAA